GUCCAAAUUAUGUGAAGAUUUGUUUCUUUUCUCCUAAGCUCUUGUCCUUGAAGGUUUAGAGCUCACAAUUAAGGUACCUCAAGGUCAUGACGAAGUGCAGGUUCCAAAUGGAUACCACGGAUAGCAAAGCAUCCGUUGUUACAAAGGUCCACAACAUUGUGAAUGAGAGCACCUCCCACUCUUGUCCAUCACUACAGCAAAUCCCCCUCACUUCAAAUCCGUCCCUUCUCCUCCAUGUGCUCUCUUCCUACGGGCUGGAACCCAAGGAUCUGGCUGCUUUGGAGGUUGCAUGUCAAUUCUUCAGAAGGCCUGCAAAGUUUGAGCCAGAUGCCACGUUGUCUCUCCCUGAACUUGCAGCAUAUGAUACUUGCUGCCAAAAGGCCAUCUUUAAGUCAAUGGAGCAAAAGGAAAAAGACAGCUUGAAGCAGCGGUGCGGCGGCUCUUGGAAGCUUGUCCUUACGUACCUGUUGGUCGGCGAGAAGAAUUACCACCGUGGGAAAUCUCGGGUUGUAGCUGGACCAGGGCACACCAUCGCUGUCACAUCGAAGGGGGAUGUGUACUCAUUCGGCGCAAAUUCUUCAGGGCAGCUUGGGCUUGGGAAUACAGAAGAACAGUGCAAACCAUGCCUUAUUAGGUCUCUGCAGGGCAUCAGAAUCACACAAGCCGCAGUCGGUUCGAGGCGGACAAUGCUUGUAAGCGACACAGGAAGCGUGUAUGUGUUUGGACAGGAUAUUUUCGCGGGUUUAGAAUUUGCUGGUGAUUAUACCAGUAGCCCUAAGGUUGUGGAGUCAUUGAAAGGCAUAUUUGUAGUCCAAGCAUCUGUUGGAGGCCACUUCUCUGCAGUUCUGUCUAGAGAGGGUCAGGUUUACACUUUCUGUUGGGGGCAUGAUGCAAGGCUUGGUCAUCAUUCAGAUCCAACUGAUCUCGAGCCUCGCCUUCUCUCUGUACCGCCUAAGGAUGCUCUUGUUAUGCAGAUUGCCGCGGGCAACUGCUAUCUCCUUAUGUUGGUCUACCAACCUACUGGAAUGUCGGUCUACUCAGUAGGGUGCGGUGAAGGAGGCAAGCUUGGGCAUGGAUGCACGAUAAGCCUGACGAUCCCAAGGAUGAUCCAACAGUUCAAGACACUGAAGGUAAAACCGGUGUCGGUUUCAGCAGGCGCUUUCCAUUGUGCAGUUCUGGCAAGCGACGGACGUGUGUUCACCUGGGGAUGGGACUCCGACACUGGUUGUCUGGGGCACGAUGAUAAACAAGAAUAUGUUGUCCUCCCCACGGCAGUGGCAGGCUUGGGGUCGGUGAAGGCUACCUAUAUCUCAACUGGCUAUUGCUCCACCUUCGUCGUCACAGACAAUGGCGAUGUCUACUCCUUCGGGUGCGAUCAUUCGCGUAAUCUGGGUGUUAAGGCGGAUGUCGGCGAGGAUGUCAGGAUUCCCAAGCUAGCCGCCAAUCUGAAUGUUUCGCUGAAUGAAAAGGUUGUGCAGAUUAGCGCGACCAACACCUGGGACUGGCCUAGCCGAAGCCAAAAUCGGAUUACCUCUGAAUGUCAUACAUGCGUCCUCACCGAAUCCGGCAGGCUCUACUCUCUCGGUAGAGGUAGCGAGGGGCAGCUUGGUGUGAAGCUUGCUGAGGGACAGAAAAUUAGGCCGGCCCCAGAUGGUGUCGCCAUUGAUCUCGACUAG